UUGUGUUCUUCCUCUUUUAGCUCCUCUCACCUCUCUUCUAGGUGCUCAUUUUUGAGCAUUUCUGAGAUUUAACCAAGAAAAAUGGAGAACCAAGGAUGCUUCAGCAACUUCAUAGAUAGAUGCAAGCCUUAUAUGGCUAUGAUCUCCCUUCAAUUUGGCUACGCCGGAAUGAACAUCAUAACUAAGGUGUCUCUCAAUAGAGGCAUGAGCCACUACGUGCUAGUCGUCUAUCGACAUGCCUUUGCUACUGCAGUCAUCGCACCAUUUGCUAUCAUUCUUGAGAGGAAGGUUCGCCCUAAGAUGACAUUCAGAAUUUUCAUACAACUUUUCAUUCUGGGACUGCUUGGACCAGUGAUUGAUCAGAACUUCUACUACGCGGGGCUGAAAUUCACAUCACCAACUUUCUCCUGUGCAAUGAGUAACAUGUUACCGGCGAUGACGUUCGUCAUGGCAGUCCUGUGCAGGAUGGAGAAAUUAGAUAUGAGAAAAGUGAGAUGUCAAGCCAAGUUGGUGGGAACUGUAGUAACAGUAGCUGGAGCAAUGUUGAUGACCCUGUAUAAGGGACCCAUUUUGGAGAUGGUAUGGACAAAACAUCUUAAUUCUCGGAAAUCAACUAUGCCAGAGAACAAUGGAAACAGUGACAAGGACUGGGUGAAGGGAUCCAUCCUCCUUAUCAUUGCUACUUUUGCUUGGGCUUCUCUUUUCAUUCUUCAGGCAAUUACAAUGAAGAAAUACUCUGCUCAUCUUUCUCUCACGGCAAUGGUCGUCUUUUUGGGUACUCUCCAGUCUAUUGCAGUCACUUUUGUCAUGGAACACUCAACCUCUGUUUGGUCCAUUGGCUGGGACGUGAACCUCCUUGCUGCUGCCUAUGCUGGAAUUGUUUCUUCAAGCAUUGCCUACUACGUACAAGGACUAGUGAUGCAGAAGAGGGGACCAGUUUUUGUGACUGCUUUCAGCCCUCUGAUGAUGAUCAUUGUGGCCAUCAUGGGGUCUUUCAUUCUUUCCGAAAAGAUCUACUUGGGAGGUGUCCUUGGUGCUGUCUUGAUUGUUGCCGGCCUCUACUCAGUCCUGUGGGGAAAAUACAGGGAAUACAAGGAGAGAGAAGCUGAGGCAAUACCUGAACCCAUUAAAGGUGCCGACGAAAACGGUCCUACCAUAACGAUGAUUGAAGACAUUGAUGAGAACGACAUCGAGAUGCAGAAAGCUGCUGCUAAGCUUUCUUCCAUUAAUCGCCCAUGAAAGCUAACCUAGCUCCAAAACCCUAAAUAGUUCAGGCAGAGAGGAGCUAAACCUUAUUAAGAGAGAGAGAGGUGGCAAUGGAAUGAAGGGCUUUUUCGUCAUUCCUCCUUUGCAUCACUAAUUUUCACCCCUUUAUUAUUUUUUUUUUCGGUUAAAUCUUUUUACCAUUUUUGUUAUCGGCUCUGUUUUACUUCACUUCAAUGUAAGACUUUGGAAACUGCACAAGGAAUGAAGAGAAUUUUACAAUUUCUGAUA